AUGGGGCCCUACCUCUACAGGCCACUAGAGCACCCCAGUGAUAUAAGGCUUCUUCGUCUUCACGCAGCUCCAGCUGCUGCAGCUGCGCAAUUCGAAGCCCCAAUUCAGAUCGACAUAGAGCACCACGUAUGGCUGUCACCAGCUGCCAAAUUAAGGUUCGACCUUGACGCUGCUUAUCACGAGGCCCGAGGCGAAUUAGCAACUGCACGCGACGAGUUAGAAGCCUGCAAAUCGUUUCAGCAAUUUGCAAAUCGCGAUCUCGGGCAGUCGCGUACGGAUACACAUCAUGCGCAACGCCAGACCCACGCCUAUGAGGUUGCGAAGGCGAAAUUCGAUGAGCAAUCUGCAAGUUACCGGGCGCGACGCAGAGAAGAUGCGUCAGAAGCCACUAGACCACCCCUUUCGAAACCGAAGUACGUGGCGGUAUCAUACGCUUGGGGUACUGACAUGUCGACCGAGACAAUAUCCAUCAUUGGAGAGGAUGGAGACGUCCAGUCACUUCGAGUGCGCCAAAAUGUGGCUGAAAUGCUGCGGUAUCUGCGAAUAUCAUCAAGCGAUCGACUAUUGUGGAUUGAUUCACUGUCGAUCAAUCAAGCCGAUUUGGAAGAGAAAGAGAGCCAAGUCAAACAGAUGGGAGCCAUAUAUGCGGAUGCUAGCCGUGUUGUGAUCUGGCUGGGGCCACUGCAAAACAGCGGGCACUUGACGCACUCCUACACCGAGAAUCGCCGUAUUAAGUUCAGUUUCCACAAGGCCGGACUUGAGCCUUCUCUGGGUCUCCUCAAACUCCCCUGGUUCCAUCGUCGAUGGAUUAUCCAAGAAGCUGGACUCGCAUCAGAAGCGAUAUUGAGGCAUGGCAUAAAAAAGAUCGAAUUCCAAGAAUUCGUGCGUCGCAUUGAACGCCUACAGCGGUCAGCCGAGGCUGCUUCAACUGCAUUCACCCCCGAGGACAGAGUAGUGGUCGACCGCCUCCGUGCCAUGGCAAAUCUACAAACAUCAAGUCGAGGACAAUUUCUUCCCAGGGGGCUGAUGAAUCUCCUGCUCAGCUUUCCUGCCGCAAAGUGCUCAGAUGAUCGCGAUAUACUUUACGCCCUGGCCAGUCUCAGUGUAACUUCGCUACCCAUCAGCUACCAUAUGACUGCCGAGGAACUCUACAUGGAUUUCGCCCGCUUGGAAGCUAUACAGCAUCCGUCGAUUCUGUUGAGUGUUGCCGGCGCUCAUCCCACAUCGUCGAAGUUCCUACCCUCCUGGACGCCUGACUGGCGUGCGCAGUCUAUCUACCAACCAAACACUAAUCGCAGUUUCGACAGUGCCUACAAAUCCAAGAUCCAAUGGAACCAAUUAAUCAUGCGCGACGGAAACACCUUGAACGUCAUGGCAAAGCAAAUGGACGAGGUUGCAAGAGUAAGCACGCCUCACACGUUGGGGGCUUGGGUGCGACUCUGCAGUACUCACAAUAGUGAAUCUUCGAUUGCCGAGAACAUUCCAGAGCUCGAUCUACUGAAGGCGCUCACACGUUCACGAGGCGAUCUUCAGAGACUGUCAUCUGACCAGCAUGCUACACUUGUUCGGUAUCUGGGUUCAAGUUCAAGUAGUGACGAGCGACCGCCGAAAUUUGUGGAAAGAUUCAUUACUGAGUCUAACAAAACCAUGAUUGGCAGAACAUGCUUCAUAACUGCAGGCGGCGCUAUUGGUAUGGGGCCAGAGGGGAUAAAAGCCGGUGAUGUUCUGCUUCGGAUUCCUGACAGUCCUAGCUUCACUGCCCUGCGUCCACAAUAUGAGAGCGCUUCAAUACCGCUUCAGCACGAAGUAGAGCUCGAUCCUGGCUUUGAUCAUGCGCCGCCUUUUAUCGAUCUUCCUUCUCGCUUCUGUCAUGAGUAUACCGUAGUGGGCGACUGUCACGUUCCUCGGCUCGUUCGCACUUGUCCUGACCGAUCUGCACUUGGUCUAGAGGACCUCACUCCCUUCAAAAUCGUUUGA